CAGAGAAAUGUGAUUUGUGUCUGAGGCUCAAACUCUGACGUGGAGAAGACAACCGACCGGGAACCGACCGGGAACCGACCGGGAGCCGCCAGGUGCUCUGCGGGGAACCGGGGACCCACCGGAGACACACACCGACCCUCACCGACCCCUCUGCCCGCCGGAGAGCCGCCCCGGUGCCCAGCGGCAGCAUGUCUCUGUUCAAAGCCCGUGAUUGGUGGUCGGCAGCUCUCGGCGAGGGCGAGGAGUUCGACCAGGGAUGCCUGUGUGUCGGAGAUGUGGACAACAGCGGCAGCGGACAUGACAAAGUGGUGGUGGGCAGCUACAUGGGAAUGCUGCGCAUCUUCUUCCCACAUGUCAGUAAGUCCAGUGAGGCCGGUGUGGCCGACGCCCAGCUCCUGGAGGUCCAGCUUCAAAACGCCAUCAUCCAGGUGGAAGUGGGAAAGUUCGUCUCGUGCUCGGAGCUUCUUCACCUGGCUGUUCUCCACCCCAGGAAACUGUCCGUCUACUCUGUGUCAGGCACUGCAGGGAACGUGGAGCACGGUGACCAGUACCAGUUGAAGCUGGUUUAUGAACACAACCUGAAGAGAACGGCCUGCAACAUGACGUACGGCGCCUUCGGAGGAGUAACAGGGCACCACUCCCUGUGCAUCCAGUCCAUGGACGGGAUGCUGAUGUUCUUCGAGCAGGACAGUUACUCCUUCGGCAGGUUCCUCCCCGGCUUCCUGCUGCCCGGUCCUCUGGUCUACAACAGCAGGACAGACGGCUUCCUGACCGUGUCCUCCGCCCGACAGCUGGAAAGCUACAAGUACGAGACUCUGGCCGUGGCCACAGAGGCGGAGACUCGGCAGGAUCCUGACCAGCCCGUGAAGACUGGAGGCAAGAGGCUGACACCCGACUGGACGUUUGUCCUGGGAGAACAGGCCCUCGACCUCUCCGUGCCCUCCUUCUCCCACUCCUCUUCAUCGAUCUUCGUCCUGGGUGAGAGGAACCUCUACUGCCUCAGAGACAAUGGCCAGAUUCGCUUCAUGAAGAAGCUGGAGUUCAGCUCCAGCUGCUUCCUCCCUUACGCCUCAGUGACGGAGGGAAUGACCAACCUGCUGCUGGGGAACCACACCAACAUGCUACUGGUUUACCAGGAUGUGACUCUGAAGUGGGCGGCCCAGCUCCCCUUCGUGCCCGUGGCCGUGCGCAUCGCCAACUUCCCGGAGUUGAAGGGCCUGGUGGUCAGUCUGAGUUCGGACGGUCACCUCCUGUGCUCCUACAUGGGCACAGACCCCUCCUUCUUCUCCACGCCCAAGGUGGACGCCAGGGAGGCCGACUAUGAGCAGGUGGACGCUGAGAUGAAGAAGCUCCAGAAGUUCAUCAGAGAUGCCACAAGGACUCAGGACAUCCUCCCUAAAUCUGAUGCUGAGGAGGACCUGACUAUGAAAGCUUCUGUGUCCUCAAGUGUGGACAGUCCAUCGCAAGCUCUGACUCAAGAUAUCGACGGUGUGGCCGUCCCCUCAGUCACCAUCCAGGUGAAGGUGAAGGCCUGUGGGGUUGUGUCGUCCUGUAAACUGAGUGUUGCCGUUCAGCCGCCUCUGGCCGUCACCCAGGACCAGUUUGCUCUCGAGCCGAUGGGUGUCGGUUCCUCCACCGUCGUUAAGUUUUCGGCUUUCCUCAAUGGCCGCUACCCCCCCGCUGACCUUACCGGAGACAUCACUGUGUCCUACAGUUCGCCAACAGAGCUAAACCCCAAAGGAGUUCCCAGGGUUCUCCAGGCCAGGUUCAGUCUUCCUCUGCUGCUGGUGUGUGUUCCGUCAUCUCCGGCCAAAACCACCAAGUUUAAGAUCAGUGUGGAAACCAACCAGCCGCCGGUCGACCUCCACGCCAUCUUCCCCGAGUUUUCAGAGAAGUCGGAAGAUAAGGACGGGAACACUUUGGCGUUCCAGUUCCUGUCGGGAGCCAAAGUGACUGUGGUCGCGUCCCGGACCUCCCAGCGUUACCGCAUCCAGAGCGACAGCUUUGAGGACAUGUGGCUGGUGGUGAAGGAGCUGGUGCAGAGGUUCGACGGACAUUUCGCCAAACUGGGAGUGAAGGACUUCAAGAAGAGCUUCAGUGGACCGUUACCCCUGCAGGACUACUUCCUGUUAGUCGACCACCACUUCCAGCUGCGUGUCAGUGCUCAGCAGUACCAGGACCUGCUGUCGGAGCGAGCGGUCCAGUUCAGAGCCAUCCAGCGCCGCCUGCUGACUCGAUUCAAGGACAAAACCCCGGCCCCUCUGCAGAACCUCGACACACUGCUGGACGCCACUUACAGCCAGGUGAUGACGCUAGCGGAGGCAGCGGAGGAGAACAGGGCUCGGCUGGAGGAGGCGUUCGUCCGCCUGCGCUCUUCCACUCACCUGCUGGUGCUGUUGCUGUCGCUGUGGCACGGCCUCACCCCCGACCAGACGGCCAUCCUGGAGGCCACGCUGCUGCCGCUGCUGCAGGACUCCCCCCAGCUGGGUUGGGAGGAGAGCUGCGACGCCGCCCUCUCCCACCUCCUGCGGAGCUGCUUGUCGCGGAGCUCCAAGGACCAGGCCACGUCUCUGGCCCAGAUGGGAGGCCCCCUGCUGAGCCCGCCCCGGGACACCGCCCGCCUGAAGAAGCACAUCACGCUGCUGUGCGAUCGCAUCGGCAAGGGAGGCCGUCUCAGCCUGGCCUCCGAGGCCAACGCCCCCGUCCCCGCCCAGGUCCAGAACCUGGCUGCUCCUGGAGGUGUUGAGCCCAUUGCAGAGGGGCCUGGCGGGGGGGAGGAGCUGGAGCUCCAACAAGAGGCCACCAAGUUCAUCAAGAAGAAACAGCCGUCGAAGAAAGUCAAGAAAGAUAAAGACUCUAAAGAGAAGAAAGAAGUGUCCAAGGAGCCGUCCACCGUGACGGAGGAAGCAGGAGGAGCGGAGGAGCCCGUCAAGGAGGUGAAAAAGGAAAAGAAGGAGUCGUCCAAGGAGAAGAAGGAGUCGAGCAAAGAGCCCAAAGAGGAGGCGAAGAAAGAGUCAAAGAAGGAGUCUUCAUCCUCCAAGGAGAAGAAGGAGUCUUCCAAGGAGAAGAAGGACAAAGACAAGGAAGGGAAGGAGGCCAGCAAGGAGUCAGGGGACAAGAAAGUGACCAAGAAGUCCUCUGUAAAAGUGAAAGAGAAGAAGAAGGAGCCGGAGGUGGAGGAGGGCUGAGAGGAGCUGAGCAGGGAGCUCACACACGUGAAUAAACAACACGAUACACGUCCAAACAUCAUACAGAUAUAUAUACAUACGUGUGUAUACAGUACACGUAAACAUAUACAAGGUCACAGAACUCAACAACACAUGCACAUAUGAGGUGUAAACAUGUAUUUACAUGUAAAUAUCUUCAGUCAAGGUCACAUAUCUCAGUAGCCAAGCAAUUUCCUCCCAGACGCAUAUUUACAGUAAUAACUGAUCCCCAGACACACACACACACACACACACACACACACACACACACAAACACACACACACUCUGCUGGACCACACCACAUCCAGUAGUUCUGGUGUGUGGGCAUGGACUGGCUCCUCCUCCUCCUCCUCCUCCUCCUCCUCCCCCUCCUCCUCCUCCUCGGACGUUUUGCUGACUCUCUCCUUCCUCCCUCCUCCUCCUCGUCUUCGGCGUCGCGCUCUGGCAGCAGCUGAACCCGCAGCCCUGCGCCUCCUCUAAUCCCUGUCAGGCCUCAAACCACCCCCCCGCCCACGUUCACCCCUGGAUGUGAUGUCAGACCCGCCCUCUCUCCGGAGCCUCCCCCGCCUCACCGCUAAGAAUAAACGCCCGCGGCGUCCAGCUGCCCGGCAGCUUCCGGGUGAGACGAGGCCACAUCCUACAGCCACCUCCACCGCCCCCCCACUCUGAAGUCUGCCAGUCAGUUUGUGUUUUCUUUGUGUUUUAUUAUCGGGGACACUGGAGGACACGCGGCGGCCGAUGGACACACACUUGCAGCUGCGGGGUCAGAACCUGGAACUGUUUUCGUGCGGUGGAAACCAACAGGGCGUUUACUGGAAAAAGCUCGGUGGCCAUCAGGAGCGGAGAAGAAUCCACGAGGCCGUCGGUCCUGCUCGUCUUCAGGGACGUGAUGAAGAGGAGGCUCGUGUGUUAGAGGAACCUUCAACCAGCUCAAAUGAUUUGAUUUGAAACGAUUUGUCAACGUAAAGCAAACAUCAGGAGGAGGAGGAGGAGGAGCUGAGUCUCUGUGUCCAAUAAUGUUAAAGAGACGUUUGUUUUGUGAAUCUAAAAAUCAAUGAAAUCAAUCAAUCAAUUGAUUAUUAAAAUCAAUCAACAUUAGAUCAUGUGAACAACUCCAUUGAACCUGAAUAUGAAAAGUCUCCUUUAAGUUCAGUUCAUUUAAAUUGUAAAUAAAGAAACAAUCAAGCAUCAAACUGACAGAGAGUGAAAGUUGACAUCAAAUGUCUGAUCAGACCGUUUGAUUGAAUAUUGAUUUAAUUCAAUUUCUGUUUCCGGUCUUUUGUUUAGACUAAAUAUAAUUUAAGUGUGAGCCCUUUACGUCAAAAGAUGGAAUUCAUGAAAAACGUGUAGUUUGGACAGAAGGUCGAGUUUCGAAUCUGACCUUUGACCCUGAUCUAGUUUAAAUGUAUUUCAUGUAUUUCUUUUUUUUUUUGGGUCUUUAGAAUUUAAAUGUUUGGGACUUUUACCACAAGAUAAAAUAAACCUGUACACGAUGCGUUGGAUGUAGUGUAGAGCAGGUUGUGUACUGUUGUGUUAGAUGUUCAGAUGUUCCAGCUCCUUGGAUUCUCCUUCUGAAGCCAGUCUUCAUCCCAACAGGAGAAACUCUGCUCUUGAAUCUCACUGAGGACUUUGUCAGACGUCUGCAGCCUGAAGAGAAUCCAACAAGGACUUUGAGAAGGAAAUAAACGCUAUUUAUGAAAUAUUUAGUAAUAAAAUGAUCGACUGUAAUCAAAGCUUUGUGUUGGUGCUCACUUUGUGUGUUUGUUGUUCUGAAGACGUCCUGUGACAGUUUCCAUCUUCUGUGGGGACAUGAACUCUGUGGUUUGUAAACAAAGAUGUGUAUUAAACAUAAAACGUAGAAGUGUGGACGCAGCCUGAUAUCAGAUGAAGAGAAAGACAAACAGUCAAAUUGUUCCUCAGACGCUGAACUGAACUGAAGACGUGAAUGUGUGAGCACGAGUCUCUGGAGCUUCUUUCUCAGUCUGGGCUCCGAGUGUAAAAUCAGUAUAAAGUCUGGAGAAGGUUUGAGGAUGAUGCU